AUGAACCAUAGCUCGCAGGACGAAACUCGGAAUCUCACCGAUGAAUUUGGUGGAGGAAACUUGGAAACUCCAGCCUCAACAAUAAUCCAUCCCAACAUCAUGAACUAUCAUGUUGAGGUUGAUGCUGCGACGUCAAGCAGCAUUCCCGCCGUUGCCGGUGUGUCUCCAGUACCUGUGUCCACUUCGCCAGAAUUUGUCACCCCGCCGCUACAGGGCUAUGUUGACCGUGCUCCGGGUCCAUCGCCUCAAUCCGAUGAUAGACUGGGGGACGACAACGAACCAGCAAGCAACCAUUCCUCGUCGCUACAAGAAGUGAUUAACGAACUACGCUAUCAACCAGACAGAUCUCACCGUGGCAACUUCAUGCUGCAAUUAAGACAUCGUGUGAAGUCGCUGCUCGCGACCAUGCAAUCCCCUCUCACGGUUGACGAAAGCGACUUUGCUAAGUUGUACCUCACAAAUCCACUAAGGGUAAACAUUAUCCACUACAACAAUAUGGUGACAAACGACUAUAACGAGCAAGUUUUCGCCGAAAUCGUCUCAUUUAUUCACCAGCUGUCGGCCACGUUUCUAGAUGUGGCGCAGGAUCUUGCAAAUUUUUAUUCUGGCGGACUGUUUGGCCAGACGGAUGAUUCAAUGAUGGACACACUAUUGUUCCUUCGUCUAGUGGUUCCCAGAUUGCACCAGCUGAGAGCAGUGUUCACUGAGCCUACUCAACUCGACAUUGUCGACUUGCCUGAAUGA